ACUUAGUAUAUAUAGAGAGCCCCCAAUAUAAAUUUCUUGUAUAUUCCUUCUCACCAAUCUGUCCUAAUCUGUAGAGAUUUGGGAAUGAAAAAAAAAACCCACCCAUCCUACUUUUUUGCUCACCAUGUUCCUUUGCAUUUGUCAUGUUUUAGCCACUUGGUAUUCCAUUUCUUCCCUUUCACCUCCUACAGAUAAACCUAGAGGACCCCAGGGAAGGUCCCAGAUCAUUGACCCUCUAAGCAACACAAGACCCAGGGAAGUGAAGGGGAGAGAAUGUUGAUGCUGGGCAUGGGGCUGCACCAAAGCUAGUCAGGAGUGAGGAGUCGGGGGCGCUGGUCUACAGCAUGUUUUCCCUGGCAUAGAAGACAGCUAUCUGGGUGGAUUACCGAACAGCAGGGGCAGCUGGUGUACUAGGUCAUAGGAUAGGGCUGUCUGACUACCAGGUCAUGUGGUGAAGGAAGGGGCCAAAGUGUUAGAUUGCAACUGGAGGACAUGUCAUCUACUGCGUGGGGAGUUUUUUGUUUACAGGACAUUGCUGGUUAAUGUGACCCUGGCUCACUUGGUGCCCGCUCUCCCAGCUUCCAGUAGAUGGUCUGUUUGCUGCCUCAGUAGACUGGGCCAAGCACCAGUGUCUGGCAGGUUUGAGUUGUGGAGCAGGAGGGAGGGGGAACUAUGCUGCAAGUAGGAUACAGCUUAGGAUCACGGAAAGAGAAAGCAGAGCAAAUUCUGUGUGAGUCAUGCUCAGGACUGAAGGAGGGGCAGGCCUCCUAGGAAGCAUAUGACUGCCGAUGUUAUCAGGUUGGAAGGAAUGUGCAGAUUCUUGGGCGUGCUAUCAAGAAGGGAGAGAGAAGAGGCUACCUCAUACAGGAGGGUGGGAAAGGAAAGGUGAAGCCCCUUCUGUGGGUAAAGGAGACACACUGUGCUUUGGUCACCGAGGAAGAGCAGGGCAAUGACGUGAAGCCUUUGAAGCAAAGCUUAACUUGUAACGCAAGCCUCCCUGCAUAAUCACUACUUUAGUAUUUGAGAAAACAUUAUUUCUAACUCCAUAUUGGAUAAUAGGUUGCUAAGAGGAUAUUCCUUAAAAAGCAGGACAUAUCAUCUGCUUGGCUUUGGUAUAUUGCUCUGUGAUAUAUGAUGUAGAGAUAGCAUAUGGAUUUUCUAGUUGUCUUAAGAGCCUGAAAACUGACAAGCACCUUUAAAAGACUUUGGAGUCGAGUAAGUAAUGCUAAAGGAUUGUACUUAGUAUCAAGGGCAUGAGAAAACUCAAAAAAAGCACGUGGAAAAAAUUUUUUGAGUUCCCAAUGACCACCUAUAAAUAAUCUAAAAUAUACCAGUACACAAAAAAUAUAGGUUAUUAAACAAAAAAAGCUAGAAAAUUGUCAGUAGCUAUAUUAGCAAUCAUGCAAAUCGAUAUAAGCAUAAAAUUGAUAGUCCUUCUUAAAAUCAGAUGGAAUAUGUAUAUUAAAAAUGCAUUCAUAAUCCAGAAAAAAUCCUAAUACAACUCUUGUUGACUUUCCCCUAACACAGUGUUCCACAAACUCAGCACAAAAGAACCUAAAGGCUAAAUAGGUAAAUAGAAGCUAAAUUUUGAUGUGACCAGAACUAGUUUCUUUGUAUUCAAAACAUCAGUUUAGCUAUCAGAACAUAGUUAAUUAUUAAACAUGUGUGUGUAAUCAGGACACCUGACUUUGCAGAUUGUUAGUAGGCUAGCAUAGUGUACUUCUGUUUACGCAGAUGAGGGAAGAAAAACGGGAUUAUAAGUUUGUUUGCAAUGUUUUGUUAGGCUAAGAAAAAUAAUGCAGAAUAUUCUUGCUAACCGCACGUGUAUGCAGUUUCCACAGUUCCAGUGCAUUCUAGAUUUAAACUAAAAUGUUAAGGAUCUUGGAUCAAAGAAUUUUGCUGUUAGGAAUUUCAUUUUUAACAAGCCUGCAGAGUACAAAGGUACUUUCAGAAUGGAAGAAGUGUGGUGAUCGGGAAUGUGAGACGGCAAUGAGCAGAGUUCAAGCCACUGCAGACUACACAGGGCCUGAUUGCCGGUAUCUUAACUUCAAAACAGGGGAAGAGAUAAUGGUAUACUCCAAACUUUCAAGGAAAAAUGAAAACUUGUGGACAGGAAGUAAAGGAAAGGAUUUUGGAUAUUUCCCAAAAGAUGCUGUGAAGGUUGAAGAAGUUUUUAUUGCAGAAGAAGUUGAAGUGCUCACUAAGGAAACUGAUUUCCUUUGUCUUCAUGGAGACAAGUACGCUUUUGAAAAUGAAGAUAGCGCAUUACAUGAUCACAACAAAGAAAGUAAAUAUUCAUCAUCUGAUGCAGAAUCAAAGCUGCACGAAAAUGAAGUCUUAAAACAUUCAAGAGACUCCAUGCAAGAAGAAGAAAGAGUUGUCUCGGUUUCUGAAAAUGAUUCCAAGGAAUCUCACGCUCAGGAGGAGUCAGCAAGCAAAAAGUCGGUUAGAAAAAAUGAGAACAGAAAAGGUCAUACUGAAGAGCCACAACUUCAAACCAGUCUCCCACUAGAACCCAUCCCAACUCAGUCUAGUUGGAUUGCAGGAUGGUUCACCACAGAAAGUAACAAUGAUGAAGAGCCCUUAAAAGCCAUUACUGAAUCUUCAGAAGAAAAUACAUACAGAGGCAGAAAAAUAGUGGUAACUGCUGAAAAUGACUUACAGGAGCCAAAUGAUAAGGAGGAACAAGAACCCCCAGCAUCUGUUUGGUUUCAAGGUGGACUGACAGACUUUCUGUAUUUUGGUGAAGAGAAUGCGGAUGUUGGUUUGGCAUCAGAAGAAAAUGAUCCACAAAUAAUCCAUGAUGUUUCUGUUGUGCCUGGACAUUCCAAUAAUGAACAUGAAACAGCAGUCACAGAGUUACUGACAGAAGAAGAAAAGAGUGAAAGCCAAGAAUCCAAAUCAAAUUGGUUUAAUUUGGGUUUAAGUAAUGUUCUUAAUUUCGGCCAUGUUGACAAAGAUACAAUUGCUAUAGAAGACCAGCAAAGCAGAGAAACAGAGGAUGAAACAAGUAAGGAUGAAGAAGUACAGACUUCAGACCAGGAAGAAUUGCACAUGGACAAAGAAUCAAAGGAGACGGUUAAAGCAGUGACAGAUGAAGAGAAUUAUGCACAAGGAAUAAUAUAUUCAAACAGUAACAUGCCAAAUCCUGGGGAGAUACCAGCAAGUGUGCACACUCUUAAUUACACCAGAAGCACCUCAAAAAGCUCAGAAUCAUCUUUUGAUAUACUAACAGGUGACAAAGAGAAGCCAAUUGAACCUUACAGUUCAGAACAAGACUUAGUAUCAGAAAGCCAACUGCUGAAAAACACUGAAGCUAAAAAGAGAAAUCAUGAGUCAGAAAGCAAACACGGUCAGUCAGGACUAGGCAGUAGAAGAAAGCUACUAGAAGAAACACCAGAGAAGGAACACGAAAUGGAUGCAGCUGUAGUCAGUGAACGUGACAGUGAACAACAUUCAAAAGCAAUAGCAAUUCCUUCAGUAAAUUCUGAAGAAAACAGGGACAGUUCAGUAGUUGACUCUCCAUUUGAUGUCAAAAAGCCUUUCUCAGAUGCCAUCCAGAACUACGUGCCAAGUAAUGAAGGAGGCUGGAUGUAUCAGAUACUUCUGUGCCUGAAUGCUCUUGAGAUCGGGGAAUCGAUAAAAUCUGUAUUUUCAGCAGUGAUGAGAAUUAUCAAAAAGGCUGUGGCUUCAUUGCCUGAAGAUAUGAGACCUGGUCCUGAUCUGUAUGGUUUCCCGUGGGAAAUAGUGAUUUGCGCUGGCAUUGUUGGAGGCUUUACAAUUCUCUUGUUCCUGUAUAGAAGUUAUCAAUCAGUUAGAAGUCGACUUUAUGUAGGAAGGGAAAAACAGCUUGCCAAUAAAAUUGCUGAACUGGUUGAAGACAAAUGCAAAAUUCUUGAAAAACUCAGCCUUUGCAAAAAAGAGUUUGAAGAUUUAGAAUUGUCUCUGAAGGAUGAUAACGUUAUUAAAGAACCAACAGACACAUCUUUUUUUGAGGAAAUGCAUGAAAAACUGCACAAGUCAAACUUGGAACUCAACCAAGAAAUAGAGAAUCUAGAAAAAGAACUGGAAGAAGAAAAAUCUAAGCAAUCAGAAAAUGAUAACUUGGUGGCUGAAAUUCAGAAGAGAGUGGAGUCUUUAGAGAAUGAAGCAAAAUCUAUCCAGUCACAAAUUGAUGAGGCCAAGUCCACCCUAAAAGUAUAUCGGAUUAAUACAGAGCGACUCAAGACAUCCAUUCAAGAUGCAGUAGAUGAAAACUGCCAUCUCCAGGACAGUGAGAAACAGCUUUUACGAGAAGCUGAAGGAUGGGAUGAACGAUUUGGUGAACUAAAUGAACAAACUAAGAUGUUUGAAUCGUCUAAAGCAGAUACAGAAGAAGUCUUGAAAAAUAAAGAGAGUCAAGUCAAGUCACUGACACAAUACUUACUGAAGAUGAAAGACUGGAGUUCAGCAAUAAGAGAAGAUGAUGAUGCUGAAGAUAAUCACUGGGACACAGAUAUAAAGGGUGAAACAGAGAAUGGAGAGCAUUUAGAUGAUCAGCAAAAACGAACAGUAAAGAAAUUGAUCUAUGCUGCAAAGUUAAAUGCUUGUUUAAAGACUCUGGAAACAGAAAGAGAUCAAAUGUAUUCAAAACUGUCUGAUGAAAAUAAAGCUAAAGGAGAACUUACAGAACGUAUAGAAAACCUUCAAAGCCAACAAGCUUCCUUGCAGUCUGAAAAUGAACGUUUUGAAAGUGAAGUUCAAAAGCUUCAGCAGAAACUUAAAGUAAUGACUGAGCUUUAUCAAGAAAAUGAAAUGAAACUACACAGGAAGCUGACAGUAGAAGAGAGAGAACGCCUACAGAAGGAAGAAAAGCUUUCUAAAGUAGAUGAAAAAAUUAAUCAUGCUGCUGAAGAACUAAACAGCUACAGACAGCGAGCAAAAGAUCUUGAAGAAGAGCUAGAAAGAACCAUUCGUUCUUAUCAGAAUCAGAUUACUUCGCAUGAGAAAAAAGCUCAUGAUAAUUGGCUGACAGCCCGAGCUGCUGAAAGACACCUCAAUGAUAUAAAAAAAGAAAAUGCACAUAACAGACAAAAAUUAACUGAAACAGAAUUUAAACUUGACCUUUUAGAAAAAGAUCCUUAUGCUCUUGAUGUUCCAGUUAGACCAUUUGGCAGAGAGCAUUCCCCAUAUGGACCCUCACCAAUGGGCCGGCCUUCAUCUGAAACAAGAGCUUUUCUUUCCCCUCCAACUUUAUUGGAGGGUCCUUUAAGGCUUUCACCUAUGCUUCCAGGUGGAGGAGGAGGAAGAGGAUCCAGAGGACCAACUGCCAUGUUUGAAGCUGGUAAUGAAAGAGGAGAGCUGAGUUCUGAUAGAUUAACUGAUCCUCACAGACCACCGUCAGAUACCGGAUCCCUGUCUCCUCCUUGGGACAGGGAACGCAGGAUAAUUCUGCCUCCACCAGUUGAGCCUUACACUGAUCCAGUUCUUCCUCCUCGAAGACAAGAAAGAUUUUUCCCUAAUCCUCCAAAUACUGGAAGACUUUCCGGACCAGCAGAACUACGAAGUUACAGCGUGCAGUCUUUUGAUAAAACAGAUGGACAAACGUCUUCAGAAAAUAGCCCACGAGCAGAACCAAGUGGAGAUGGGAUGAAAGAUCUUUCUAAUCUUAGUAACUCGCUACCUGAGCAGUCGCUGGCAUCUGAAAGCGAAACCAUCAGUUCAGGGUUUGCUCCUCCACCUUUCCCUCCAGUCAGACCUCCACUGAUGCCUGUGGAUCCCAGAGCACCUUUCAUGAGACGAGGACCUCCUUUUCCUCCUCCUCCUCCCGCCGGCAUAUACGGACCACGUGAAUGUUUUCCAGUACGAGACUUUGGGCUUCCACGUCCUCCGCUGCCGAUGAGAAAUCCGUUCCCAAUGAGAUCGUACCCUCACUAUCCACCUCACCGACCUGGAUUUCUGCCUCCACCACUACCACCUGAAAAUAGAGUUGAGCCACCUCAGUCAAACCCAUCAGCCGCAGAACAACCAGAACCACAGCAAGAGACUUGACAGAG